GCGCCAAUCAGACAGCGGAGAGAGGCUCAGUGUAUUUCUUUGGAUGAGCUGGCUCCACGGAGUCUCCGGAAUGGUUGGCGCAGGGAUUCCCCGCCUCCUGCCAGGCCUGCUCCGGCCCGGGCUUUGGGGCUGAGGAAUCACGUCCACAUUUCGCUUCUAAUCGUCCCAUCCUCCUAGGAAACAGGGAAGGGAAGUGGCUGUGGUGGAGCCAGCUCAGGAUUCCCCAUUCCCAAACCUGACCUGAUCACUGGGUUGGAACGAGGGGAAGAACUGUGGGAUCUCCAGGCCUCCAAGGAAAGGGAGAUCCUGAGAGGCACCCAAACAGCGUGGAGAGCUCACCUAGCAACUUCCCAGCUCAGCAUGCCGGCUCCGCGCGGCAGACGGGCUCCUGCCUGGAGCACACCGGAGGUGGUGGAUCUCCUGGGCCUGUGGGGACAGGGGGACGUGCAGGCACAGCUCCGAAACAGCCGUCGGAACUUCGACGUCUACAGCCAGAUUGCUCGGGGCAUGGAGGAGAAGGGCUACGACAGGGACCCGCAGCAGUGCCGCGUGAAAAUCAAGGAGCUGCGGCAGGCGUACCAGAAGGCAAAGGAGGCAAAUAGCCGCUCCGGUGCGGAGCCGCAGACGUGCCGCUUCUACAAGGAGCUGCACGCCAUCCUCGACAGCGACUCCACCUCCACCGCCAAGCAUCCUGUGGAUACUUUGGGGGACCUGGAGUCACAGGCCACCGGGGUGAGCCCUGAGAUCGAGGUGAUGAUCAAGGAAGAGGAGGACGAGGAAGAGGAGGAGUAUGGGGGACAGGCGACAGGGGGAUCUGGUGGCGUGGCGAGCCAGGACUUCUUUUUGACUCCUGAGCAGUCUAGCCAGUCCCAGCAGUCCAGCCCCGGUGAGCCUGAUGCAGGGGAGGGAACCUCUGCAGCUGCAAAUGCGGCCUUGAGGGCCUCUCCGUCCACCCCAGAGGAGCGGCUGGGCCAGGUGAGGAGGAGGAAGAAGAGGACAAGGGAAGACAUGUUUCAGGAGGUCCUGCGAGCCUCCCGUGCUUCGGAGCGCGAGCAGAGGGCUUGGAGGAUAAUGAUCAAUGACAAAAUGCAGCGGGAUAGCGAGGACAGGAGGAACGGGCAGCAAGAGAUGAUCACGUUGCUCCGGGAGCAGACAGACAUGCUGCGGUCUCUGAUCGAACUUCAGGCCGAACACAUCCGUGCUCGCCUCCCCCUGCAGCCCAUAGAGAACUGCAUUCCAGGACCUCCCUAUACUGGCCUCCACAUAUCUUCUGGGCCUGCAGCAGUACCCCAGGCACUCCACCCCACAGAAGAUUACACACAAUGACAGUUGCACGUACACCCAGCUGUGAGAGCCUCUUGGGUGUAUGUGCUUGUGAAUUCCCUCUUCCUUCCCCUUCAAAGAUCCUUUCCCCUGUAUGUAUGAAGUUUUUACUUUAGCAUUACCUAGGUAUGUUUGCAUAGGUGUGGAAUAAACAUGUAAAUUUACUUUUCAUAAGUAUCUUUAUUAGUCUCCAGGCAGGGAUGCCUGAACAGGGUGGGGCCGUGGAUUUGGCAAAUAGCUAUAGGUGUAUAAAGGCCUAUUAUUAAGGGUCAAAGUUGGACUGUGGAUAGAUUCUUGUUCCACCCAUUUAAUUCAAAGGGGGGAACACAUCAGUAUCCAAGGGCAGAAAUUGUUACUAGGAUACUGAUUUAAAAAGUAGCGACUCCUGUGUACCAGUCCACAUGACGGUCAAAUGACAUGAAAACAUCUAGGGACUCAGGCUGACGAACAUGAAGGGCCCUUUUACACAGCUUUGACUGUGUAAAGUGAGCCCUUACAAUGGGCAUAACCAUUAAUUCCUCGCAAAUCAAAGCCCCUUUAUGCCGAUUGAGUUGCAUAAAAAAGUCCUUUGUUUAAAUGAGACUUGGGCUCCGUAUUUUUAAAAAAAUAAACUUGUUUUUUAUAGAAGAGUCCAGAAAUGAAUUCAUUUAUCUCUUGGUUUUGCAUUUACAAACCUCUAAAAGCAGAGAAAGCCUUUAAAACAACAACAAAAAAAACCCUGUACCAAAAAUAUAAUUUGGGCUCAGGUUCUUCAGUCCCAGAAUGGAGCCUGGAGCAAAUAUCUGUGCCUAAAAGGUAAGAUCCUAAUGGCUGAGAUGUAUAAAAUAGAACUGGUACAGAGCCGUUAACUAUAGCAGCAGUGGUCUGCAAUGGAGCUGAAACAGUACAUAUAUCCAUAAACUCACCCUUUCAAAAUACACAAAGUGAGAUAUAUAAAAAUAGCUAUUGCACUAGUUUUAAGUAUGAAUUUAAUUGUUACAGAGGUUGGAAUUCUUGCAGCCUAACAUGUUGUAUAUAAAAACAUACUAAAAACUUUCAA